GCAGCGGCGGCGGCGGCGGAGACGGAGAGAGGCAGGCAGGCAGGCAGGGCGAGAGACGGAGGGAGGGAGCGAGGGAGGCAGACCAGACAGACAGACAGGCGGGCGGGCGGGCGGGCGGGCAGAGCGAGCCACCCGCCAGGCUGCGCUCAGCCCCGCUCGCCGCGGAGCGAGCAGAAGGCAGGAGGAGGGAGGGGAGGCGAGGGAGGGAGGGAGAGGGAAUCCAGCUACCACCACCCAAAGCCAGCGUCUGCUUUCUGUCCUCAUUUCCUUUUCCCACCCAGCCCCGAGAGGAGCAGAGAAAGGCAGAGGGCGAGAGAGGGAGAGGCAGCCGGAGGGACAGACAGACAGCCAGCCAGCCGGAGGGAGCGGGAGGGAGGCGGGCGGAGGAGGAGCAGGAGCAGGAGGACUACGCGGGGCGCGUUCUCUCCCAGCUGCCGGGCGCCGCGCCGCUGCUGCCGCCGCCGGAAGACGGACGCCCCCGAAAGCCCCAGCCCUGGCUCGGACCCGCGCAGCCGGCAGCCCAGCACUCCGGAAGGAGCCCUGAGACCCAGAGGGACUGCGCAGCCGCGGGACGCAUGGCCCUGUCUUCGGAAGCCCCGGUCUGAGAGGAGCACAGCCUUGGCCUUGGGAGCCCUCGACCCCAGAGAUGGGAGUUUGCCUGCUUGUCUACCCAUCAGCCUGGACCCCAGAGCCUGCCCAGCUGAGUGGGUGCAGAGGGCCCCGGGUUUGGGGCGACGCUCAGGCUGCCACAGAGACCACCCUGGCAUCACUGGUGAAGACUGGCCUUGCCUGCUGAGCCGGGCCUGUCUGCUCAGCCUGCUCAGGAUUGGUGUGAAGAAUGAAACGAAACGAUGCCCGGACAGCUUCUGGCCCAGGGCCUGGCAUGCAGUAGGUGCUCACUAAACCUGAGCUGCGAUGGUCCUUUCCAGGCGCUGCCCCCACCCCGAGGCCUGGGCUCAGGCCGAAGCUGUUCCACUGCACCCCCAGCUGACAGCCAGCAGCUAGCCGAGCCCCCAGGCACGGGGGCUCUCUCUGUUUCAGAUAUCUCCAGUGUGACAGCCCAGGCGGCAGAGCCGAGGGUCCUGGUCCCGGCUUCUCGCACCCUCAUGUCAGCCCCGGCCCCGCCUGGCGGCCCUCGGAGGACAAGGUCAGGAUGCGUGUGAAGCCCCAGGGCCUGGUGGUGACUUCCAGUGCCGUGUGCAGCUCUCCUGACUACCUCCGGGAGCCCAAGUACUACCCCAGCGGCCCCCCCACCCCCCGCCCCUUGCUUCCCACCCGGCCCCCCGCCAGCCCACCUGACAAGGCCUUCGCCCAAACCUUCUCCGAGAACACCCACCCACCCCCACGCCGGGACCCUAGCGCCCGGCGCCCGCCCGUCCUCGCCAAGGGGGACAGUCUGCUGCCCCCUCGGGCCACCCGCCCGGUCUCACAGGCCCACUGCCCCACCCCUGCUGGAGACGGCAGCAGCUCCCAGCGUCACUGGGACAACGGGCGGGUGAACCUGCGUCCGGUGGUGCAGCUGAUUGACAUCAUGAAGGACCUGACCCGGCUCUCCCAGGACCUGCAGCACAGCGGCGUGCACCUGGACUGCGGUGGGCUCCGGCUCAGCCGCCCGCCCGCCCCACCCCCCGGCGACCUCCAGUACAGCUUCUUCUCCUCCCCGAGCCUGGCCAACAGCAUCCGCAGCCCAGAGGAGCGGGCCACCCCCCACGCCAAGUCCGAGCGGCCCGGUCACCCCCUCUAUGAGCCCGAGCCUGAGCCUAGAGACAGCCCUCAGCCCGGUCAAGGCCACAGUCCCGGAGCCACGGCCGCAGCCACGGGCCUGCCCCCGGAACCUGAGCCGGACGGCCCCGAUUACUCGGAACUCGCCGACGCCGACAUCCUUAACGAGCUGGCCUCCCUCACUUGCCCCGAGGCCCAGCUGCUGGAGGCCCAGGCCCUUGAGCCACCGUCGCCUGAGCCGGAGCCUCAGCUCCUGGACCCCCAGCCCCGCUUCCUGGACCCACAGGCGCUAGAACCGCUUGGGGAAGCUUUGGAGCUGCCACCCUUGCAGCCUCUGGCUGACCCUCUGGGGCUGCCCAGCCUGUCCCUGCAGGCCCUGGACACCCUGCCCGACUCCCUGGAGUCACAGCUGCUGGACCCUCAGGGACUGGACCCGCUGCCCAAACUGCUGGACGUCCCCGGCCGCCGUCUGGAGCCCCCGCAGCCCCUCGGGCCCUGCCCGCUGGCCGAGCCCUUGCACCUGGACCUGUGCUCCCCCCACGGCCCCCCCGGGGCGGAGGGACUCCCCAAGUACGCCCUGCGGCGCACCGAUAGGCCAAAGAUUCUGUGUCGCCGGCGGAAGGCCGGUCGGGGGCGCAAGGCAGACUCCGGGCCCGAGGGCCGCCUCAUGCCCAUGCCCAUGCCCACGCCCACGGGGAUGGCGGCCGCCCUGGCCGAGCCGCCCCCACCACCGCCUCUGCCGCCUCCUGCCCUGGCCGGCGGCCCAGGCCCGGAGCUGGAGCCGGAGCCUUCCCAGAACCCGAUGAUGCCUACCCGCAAGAGCAAGUGCCGGGGCGUGCGCCGCAUGGUGGUGAAGAUGGCCAAGAUCCCCGUGUCGCUGGGGCGGCGGAACAAGACCACCUACAAGGUGUCCUCGCUGAGCAGCAGCCUGAGCGUGGAGGGCAAGGAGCUGGGCCUGCGCGUGUCGGCGGAGCCCACGCCGCUGCUGAAGAUGAAGAACAACGGGCGCAACGUGGUGGUGGUCUUCCCCCCCGGCGAGAUGCCCAUCAUCCUUAAGCGCAAGCGCGGCCGCCCCCCCAAGAACCUGCUGCUGGGCCCCGGCAAGCCCAAGGAGCCGGCCGCCGUGGUGGCGGCGGCGGCGGAGGCGGCCACGGCGGCGGCGGCGGCCGCCAUGGCCAUGCCGGAAGUGAAGAAGCGGCGGCGGCGGAAGCAGAAGCUGGCGUCGCCGCAGCCGUCCUACGCGGCCGACGCCAACGACAGCAAAGCCGAGUACUCGGACGUGCUGGCCAAGCUGGCCUUCCUGAACCGCCAGAGCCAGUGCGCCGGCCGCUGCUCGCCGCCCCGCUGCUGGACGCCCAGCGAGCCCGAGUCCGUGCACCAGGCGCCCGACACGCAGAGCAUCUCCCACUUCCUGCACCGCGUGCAGGGCUUCCGGCGGCGCGGCGGCAAGGCGGGCGGCUUCGGGGGCCGCGGCGGGGGCCACGCGGCCAAGGCGGCCCGCUGCUCCUUCAGCGACUUCUUCGAGGGCAUCGGCAAGAAGAAGAAGGCGGUGGCGGUGGCAGCCGCCGGGGUGGGGGGCCCCGGCCUCACCGAGUUGGGCCACCCCCGCAAACGGGGCCGCGGGGAGGUGGACGCCCUGACCGGGAAGCCCAAGCGCAAGCGGCGGUCCCGGAAGAACGGGACUCUGUUCCCGGAGCAGGUGCCCGGCGGCCCCGGCUUCGGGGAGGCGGGCGCCGAAUGGGCCGGGGACAAGGGCGGCGGCUGGGCCCUGCACCACGGGCACCCGGGGGGGCAGGCCGGCCGGAACUGCGGGUUCCAGGGCACGGAGGCCCGGGCCUUUGCCUCCGCCGGGCUGGACAGCGGGGCCUCCGGCCGCGGCAGCUACUACGGCGCGGGCACGCCCGCGGGCCAGAGCGAGCUCAGCCAGGAGCGCCAGAACCUCUUCACCGGCUACUUCCGCUCCCUGCUCGACUCGGACGACUCCUCCGACCUCUUGGACUUUGCCCUUUCAUCCUCACGCCCUGGCCCCGAGUCCCGGAAGGCAUCGGGCACCUACGCGGGGCCCCCGACCAGCGCCCUGCCUGCCCAGCGGGGCCUGGCGGCAUUCCCCAGCCGGGGAGCCAAGGCCAGCCCGGUGGCGGUGGGCAGCAGCGGGCCCGGAGCGGAGCCCUCCUUUCAGCCUGUCCUGCCUGCUCGCCAGACCUUCCCCCCGGGCCGGGCGGGGAGCUACGGCAUAACCCCCGCCACGUCCGAUUGCCGGGCAGCCGAGACCUUCCCGAAGCUGGCUCCUCCGCCUUCCGCCAUGGCCCGCUCCCCCACCACCCACCCGCCUGCCAACACCUACACCCCCCAGUACGGCGGCUACGGGGCCGGACAGAGUGUAUUCGCCCCGGCAAAGCCCUUCACGGGCCAAGACUGUGCGAACAGCAAGGACUGCAGCUUUGCCUACGGCAGCGGCAACAGCCUGCCCGCCUCGCCCAGCAGUGCCCACAGCGCCGGCUACGCCCCACCGCCUACCGGUGGCCCCUGCCUGCCGCCAAGCAAGGCCUCCUUCUUCAACAGCUCCGAGGGGGCCGCCUUCUCCGGAUCAGCCCCCACGCCCCUGCGCUGUGACAGCCGGGCCAGCACCGUCUCGCCCGGCGGCUACAUGGUGCCCAAGGGCACCACCGCCUCCGCUGCCUCCUCUUCCUCCUCCUCCUUCCAGCCCUCGCCCGAGAACUGUCGGCAGUUUGUGGGGGCGUCUCAGUGGCCUUUCCGGCAGGGCUAUGGAGGCCUGGACUGGGCCUCGGAGGCCUUCAGUCAGCUCUACAAUCCCGGGUUCGACUGCCACGUCAGCGAGCCCAACGUGAUCCUGGACAUCUCCAACUACACGCCGCAGAAGGUGAAGCAGCAGACGGCCAUGUCCGAGACCUUCUCCGAGUCGUCCUCCGACAGCACCCAGUUCAAUCAGCCCGUCGGGGGCGGCUUCCGGCGCGCCAACAGCGAGGCCUCGAGCAGCGAGGGCCAGUCCAGCCUGUCCAGCCUGGAGAAGCUCAUGAUGGACUGGAACGAGGCGUCGUCCGCCCCCGGUUACAACUGGAACCAGAGCGUCCUCUUCCAGAGCAGCUCCAAGCCAGGCCGCGGACGGCGGAAGAAGGUGGACCUGUUCGAGGCCUCGCAUCUGGGCUUCCCGUCCUCCGCCUCGGCCUCCGCCUCCGGCUACCCGUCCAAACGGAGCACGGGCCCCCGGCAGCCGCGGGGCGGGCGGGGCGGCGGGGCCUGCUCCGCCAAGAAGGAGCGGGGCGGCGCGGCGGCCAAAGCCAAGUUCAUCCCCAAGCCGCAGCCGGUCAACCCGCUGUUCCAGGACAGCCCGGACCUCGGCCUGGACUACUACAGCGGGGACAGCAGCAUGUCCCCCCUGCCCUCGCAGUCCAGGGCCUUCGGGGUGGGCGAGCGAGACCCCUGUGACUUCAUGGGGCCUUACUCCAUGAACCCGUCCACGCCCUCCGACGGCACCUUCGGCCAAGGCUUCCACUGCGACUCGCCCAGCCUGGGCGCCCCCGAGCUGGACGGCAAGCAUUUCCCGCCGCUGGCCCACCCGCCCACGGUGUUUGACGCUGGCCUGCAGAAGGCGUACUCGCCCACCUGCUCGCCGACACUGGGCUUCAAGGAAGAGCUGCGGCCGCCGCCCACCAAGCUGGCUGCCUGUGAGCCCCUCAAGCAUGGGCUCCAGGGGGCCAGCCUGAGCCACGUGGCUGCGGCCCAGGCCCACCUGAGCUGCCGGGACCUGCCCCUGGGCCAGCCCCACUACGACUCCCCCAGCUGCAAGGGCACAGCGUAUUGGUACCCGCCGGGCUCGGCUGCACGCAGCCCGCCCUACGAAGGCAAGGUGGGCACGGGGCUGCUGGCUGACUUCCUGGGCAGGACGGAGGCUGUGUGCCUCAGCGCCCCCCACCUGGCUAGCCCGCCAGCCACGCCCAAGGCCGACAAGGAGCCCCUGGAGCUGGGCCGGCCGCCCGGUCCGCCCCGUGGCCCCGCCGCGGCCGCUGCUGGCUACGGCUGCCCGCUCCUAAGUGACUUGACCCUGUCCCCUGUGCCAAGGGACUCACUGUUGCCCCUGCAGGAUACCACCUACAGGUAUCCGGGCUUUAUGCCACAGGCGCAUCCCGGCCUGGGUGGGGGCCCCAAGAGCGGCUUCCUGGGGCCCAUGGCGGAGCCUCACCCCGAGGACACAUUCACCGUCACCUCCCUGUAGUGCCAACUGAAGUGCCGACUGGACCUCGAGGUUUUGUUCCUGGCUUUCAGAAAAUCAACGCCAAGACCCCUCCCAGCGUCCACAUCGUCCUCUGGCAGGAGCGCCUGCCCCUCUGCCUCUCACCCCCCACCUGCACCCCCUGCAGCCCCAUCUCCUCCAACCCCCCCCAUCUCCUCCACGCAGAAGCCCAAGGUGAGCCCCUUCUGCACAAAACCAGCAAUUGUAAAUACUUUUUAAAAAUGUACAAAACUUAAAAAAACAAAACACAGUUUUAGAAAAAGACAAAAAAAAGAGAGAGAGAGAGAGAGAGAGCGCGCGUGGAAGAGGUUGCAAGCAGGGCCUCGAGGUGUCCAGAGCCCUGCCAGUGUGCACUGAGAAAUUUAUCUGCAGGUCGUCUGACAAAAAUGAACAAUAUCCUAUUUAUUGUAUAUACUGUUUUAUUAUAAAUCGUGGAUUGUAUAUUGCAUUCUGUAAACCUGCUGUGGUCCCGUGGUGUGCAAAUUCGCAUGGUGGGGGGGAGGGAGAAGAACCUCUUGUGGGAGCUUUUUUUUUUCUUUCUUUCUUAUUUUUCACUCUUUUGGGUUUUCUCUUCUGUUGUUGUUGUUGUUUUCUGUUGGCAGGACACACCCAAAGAUCCAAGUUUGUAUUAAAAAGAAAUGAAAAAAAAGCAAAAAAAAAAA